AUGGUUUAUAAUCAUUGUCUUCGUGGGACUAAUAAACACAUGACACUUGGACAGUACUUUCCAGAUGUCAUUCCAUCUCGGAAUGCUGUUCCCGCGCAGAAGCCAAAACUGUCCUUAGGUACCACAUUUGGUCUUGGGCAAAAAGAGGUGAAAAGAGUUCCUGUUGGCACCGUGGAGAGCUCGCAGUCAGCUCCAGCAAUAAACAGAUUCACGAGGCGUGCCUCAGUGUGUGCCGAAGCGUACAACCCUGAUGAGGAGGAGGAUGACGCCGAGUCCCGGAUUAUACAUCCAAAAACCGACGAUCAAAGAAAUAGAUUACAAGAAGCUUGCAAAGACAUCCUGCUGUUUAAGAACCUGGAUCCGGAGCAGAUGUCUCAAGUAUUAGAUGCCAUGUUUGAAAAAUUGGUCAAAGAAGGGGAGCAUGUAAUUGAUCAAGGAGAUGACGGUGACAACUUUUAUGUAAUUGAUAGAGGAACCUUUGAUAUUUAUGUAAAAUGUGAUGGCGUUGGAAGAUGUGUUGGUAAUUACGACAAUCGUGGGAGUUUUGGCGAACUGGCCUUAAUGUACAAUACACCCAGAGCGGCUACAAUAACUGCUACCUCUCCUGGUGCUCUGUGGGGUUUGGACAGGGUAACCUUCAGGAGAAUAAUUGUAAAAAACAAUGCCAAAAAGAGAAAGAUGUAUGAAAGCUUUAUUGAGUCACUGCCAUUCCUUAAAUCUUUGGAGGUUUCUGAACGCCUAAAAGUGGUAGAUGUGAUAGGCACCAAAGUAUACAACGAUGGAGAACAAAUCAUUGCUCAGGGAGACUUGGCUGAUUCUUUUUUCAUUGUAGAAUCUGGAGAAGUGAAAAUUACUAUGAAAAGAAAGGGUAAAUCAGAAGUGGAAGAGAAUGGUGCAGUAGAGAUCGCCCGAUGCUCUCGGGGCCAGUACUUCGGAGAGCUUGCGCUGGUAACGAACAAGCCUCGAGCCGCUUCUGCGCAUGCCAUCGGGACGGUCAAAUGCUUAGCUAUGGAUGUGCAAGCAUUUGAAAGGCUUUUGGGACCUUGCAUGGAAAUUAUGAAAAGGAACAUUGCCACCUAUGAAGAACAAUUAGUCGCCCUGUUUGGAACAAACAUGGAUAUUGUUGAACCUACUGCAUGAAGCUAACGUACGGAGCAAGAAGACCUGUAGUGACAGAAUUACACAGUAGUGGUUAGUCCACUGAGAAUGUGUUUGUGUAGAUGCCAAGCAUUUUCUGUGAUUUCGGGUUUUUUUCCUUUUUUUACAUUUACGAUGUAUCAGUAAACAGUAGUGAUUUAAUAGUCGAUAGGCUUUAACAUCACUUUCUGAUGAGUAGUUAAUACAAAAUCAGCAUAUUGAUAAAAUGACUUUCUACGCCACAAAAUUAUUUGAAAGUUUUAUUUAAAUGAUUGUAAUAUAUUGAAAGUACCCAUGUUUAAGAAGAUAAUUAAAAAUACUAUCUUAGGCAGUAUGUGUUUGACUUACUCAAAUGAAUAUUACAUUAGUGACUGCCCGUGGAAGAGGGCAUCAUGCUCCACAGCGCGGCACCUUGUUCUUUUUAUAAUACAUUAUAUAGUAAAAUUUUAAUCAUUUUCAUUUUAAAGUUUUCCUGGCUUGAUAAGUUGUGUGUUAGCCUUGGCCCGUGGGUGAAAUGGUAUGAAACAUCAUAUGCAAUUUUAAGACUUUUUAUAUUUUUGCAAUAACAUACAUUUUGACUUCUUUGGCAUAAUGUCAGUAACCAGUGUAUUCCAGUGGUUUUAAGGACUGGCAAUUUAGCUAUUACGAUAGAAAAAGUCUUUUAAAGAUGAGAGUUCAUUAAUGCAUUAUUUUCCUCAUUAAACCUAUAUAUUUCUGCUUUCCUUUUUCAUUCUGUAACUUGCUAUAUUCUUUAUCUUUAAUUUUGACAUUUAAUGUCAAAAAGUUUUUUAAAGCUAUUUGAACUUGUUAAACCUGGUUUUUAUUGUCUUCUAAAAGCCCAAGAGAUUACACUUAAAAACAACCCUCCUUACUAAAUACAUGUACAUGUCUGCAUAAUCGCGUUCUUCACACAAUCUGCUGCUGUGGGUUCCUGGUCUUCCCCUGUGGUUGCCAGCCCACAGACUCGGCAGCAGCCAGUGUGGUUCAUCCGCCUCCCCCCGCAGAAAAAUUCUUCAAAGGUGGUAGGAAUAAAAUUUUAUGAGCGAAACCAUGUAUAACCAUAAAAGGAAUUUCUGCCCAUACCAAAUAAACCAUUAAGCUUUGCCAACUGCUUUAUGCCAACUCCCACUUAAAAAGUACAGAAAACUUAAAACUUCUGGGUUUUCCUUGACCAAUGACAUGCUCAUUGAAGAUGCCAUAGAGGAUAAAUUAAAUUAUAUUCAACCAAAACAAUAUACUCUGAUUCUUAGGCAAUGACCCAGAGUCUAUAGAUAUUACUCCCAGGUAGUUGUUUGCUUUUAAAUGGGCAAUUUCAUUUUGGGAAAUAUGUUUCAGAAGAAUAUACAUGGGUAAAAUUAUUUUGUGACUAUUAUAGUCUUAUUAGAUAAUGUUUAUGGUCCUACUUGUAUAUGAAAACAUGGCUAGAAUGUUAAUUGGAUAAUGUAUAUAUAACAAAUUAAAGUAUGUAAAUUGUAACUUCAGCCACAUUUUAGAAAACUGUUUAUUAUCUUUGCCAAAACCUUCUUGUCGAAUGUGAAAGUCUCUCUACAUGAGGAGAUCUUGUUUACUAUUUUAGAUUUUAAAAGCCAUGUCUGUUAAGGAAAAAUACAAAGAAAAAAGCCUACCCAAACUUCUUGUUCAUCAUUCUGUAUUCAUUAUUCACUUUUUCAGGUUUAUCUCUUUUGUUGCAUAAUCUGAUUGUUAAUUAGUCAUGGAACAGUAAAUAAAUGCCUGUUUAAUAAAGAACUCUGA